AUGGGUCCAAAGAAAUGGUUUAAGGCAAUACUCAGAAGGAAGAAACAUAAGGAAGAUAAAUCCAAACAAGAAAAGGUGCAAUCUACUGGUGAAAUAUCAAAUGAAUCUUGUAAUGGGAAGCAAAGCCCUCAUGAAGAGUCGAGUAGUACUCCGAAUGAAGGCUUGAUGAUGGACAGGACAGUUCCAUCCAGGUUGAUUGACAAUAUUGCUGCUACUAGGAUUCAAAAUGCAUUUCGUUCAUUUAUGGCAAGAAGAACAUUUCAAAAUCUAAGAGGAGCAGAGAAUUUUGAAGCUUUAAUUCAAGAUCACAUGGCAAGAGAGCAAACAUCAACUACACUUAACUAUAUACAUUCAUGGAGCAGAAUACAAGAUCAAAUUCGAGCUCGCAGAAUCUGUAUGAUAACAGCAGCCAGGAUUAAGCAAAGGAGAUUGGAAAGCCAGUUAAAAAUUGAUGCUAAGAUUAAUGAGCUCGAGAUGGACUGGUGCAGUGGUUCUGAAACAAUGGAAGAGAUAGUUUCUAAGAUACAUCAGCGAGAAGAAGCAGCAAUUAAACGAGAGCGAGCCUUGGCAUAUGCUUUCUCGCAUCAGUGGAGGCCAAACUGUAACCAGUAUUUUGGCCAGGCUUCUUAUAGCCUUAGUAAAGAAAGCUGGGGUUGGAGCUGGAUGGAGCGUUGGGUUGCAGCGCGUCCAUGGGAAGUUCGGGUUCAAGUUCAGUCUCCUCAAACAAAGAAACUCAACGGCCAGCAACAGAAAACCAAAGUAGAUAAGAUGAACCACAAUGAGACAAAAUCACCAUUGGCUAAAGCCUCCCUGUCAAAUGGGAAGGAGGCUGAGAAAGGAAAGAAAAACAAAGCAUAA